AAACGCCCCGUCCGGGCUCCUGUGGUCCCGUCCUAGAGAGAUAGCAAGAUGCGAGGAAAAAAAGUUCGUAUUACCAUCCCGACUCGAUAAGCUAGGGAGGAGAAGCGCGAAAAUGCGCCUCGGAGGGGCCGCCAUCUCCAAGACAAGCGAGGGGUUGCUGUAGCGGUCGUCUGACUGGUCUGCUGCUGUCUGUGCCCCGAGGCAGCUCGUGGAGAGCAGACGGCACAAACAAGUCCGCCGUUCGCUUUCGCGCUGGUCGCGCGUUUUCGACACUCGACCGUCCGUCAGCGACGUGUGCAACUAUGGCCACGGAAAACGACAAGGCGGUCCUCGAGGCCGUUUUCAACCCGCUGUUCUCGGAGUUAGGAUUUUCGACCGAAGCGGAGGAAGACGAAGCGAGCAGCGGAGGUGCCGGUCAAGAUGAUGGGACACCAAACCAGGUGAAAACACUGGAGGUCGAAGGUGUGCAAGCUGCUGAGGAGGGCCACAUUGAUCAUGCCAUCGACAUCUUUGGUGAGGUGAUCCGUCUAGCACCCAACAGGGCCUCCGGCUACAACAACAGGGCGCAGGCACUGCGCAUCAAGGGCGACGUUGACCGUGCUCUAGAAGACCUGAACAAUGCCAUCAACCUUGGCCAGGGGAACAAACAUGCAGCCGCACAGGCCCUAUGUCAACGUGGACUCAUCUACCGGCUGAGGGAGCAGGACCAAGAGGCUCAGGCAGACUUCAAGGAGGCUGCCAAACUGGGAAGCCAGUUCGCCAAGAACCAGCUGGUCCAGAUGAACCCAUAUGCAGCUCUGUGCAACCGCAUGCUAGGCCAGAUGUUUGCAAAGCUCAGGCAGGGAGAGGAUGACACCAGAUAAUGAGCCACCAUGUGGGUGGUCCUUAUACAAUGCGAUCACAGAACUUUUUUUGCUGAGGAGAAUGGCUCCUGUAAGGCUGAGCUUUGUUGACUAAUCAUGUCAGAAUUGUCCCCCUCUAACUGCUUGUAAAGAAAAAGAAAAAAAGAAAGAAGUAUAGGGUUCGCUUUUAGAGACUAGUGUUUGCUCCAUGUCACACUUUGCAAAUGACUACACAUUGAGCUGAAACAUAUCAUUGGAUGAGAUAUGUCACCUCUUACAGUACCUGACAUUGUGCCAUGGCCCUGUUUAUAGCUGUUACCAGGCAAGACUCUGUCAUCACAUGGUAUCCAAACAGCACUUUAGUAUAAUUACUCCAAACGCUUCCACAAAGUUUUUGUGUUCUAGGCUUGCCUGAACAGGACUGCAAUGUAAGCAAGUACUCGCAGACAGAUUUCUGUGGCUAUGAAGAGAAAGCUACGGGGGGAGGAGCUUCUGCACAUGCGUUACCGCGCCGAGUAGUCUGCCAGCGUUUGACAGUGCUUUUGAUUGCUCGGAACAGACGGUGAAUCGACGCAGCUUCCUUGUGCGACGGUUUCACAUUUGCCCAGACGCGGAAGGGAAACCCGCAAAAUAAGUAAAGUUUUACAUUCAGUGGUGUGUUUUGCCUUAUUUGACUGUUGCUAUUAAGGUGUUAAUGUUUUCUCUUCCCCAGUGUAAACUAACGUGAAUGAAAACGCGGGACUCAUUUCAGAAGCACUUUCACUUGUGCAUGCCUUGCCUCCGUAGCUUUCUCUUCAUUGCUGCAGAAAGUUGUCGGUGAGUAUAGGUAUGCAUAUAAUAACUGCAGGUGGAAGAGAUCAGAAAGAGAGGUGUGAAUGAAAAGGCUAUUUUGUGUUAAUAAAGUUGUGUUUUUAUUAACAGUA